AUGUCGCUGGCGGCGGAGCCCCCCGAUGGGGGCUGGGGGUGGGCGGUGGUCCUGGCCGCCUUCGUGCAGUCCGCCCUGGUGUUCGGCGUCCUGCGCUCCUUCGGCGUCUUCUUCGUGGAGUUCGUGGCGGCCUUCGAGGAGCCCGUGGCCCGGGUCUCCUGGAUCGCCUCCAUCGGCAUCGCCGUGCAGCAGUUCGGCAGCCCGGUGGGCAGCGCGUUCAGCACACAGUUCGGCGCCCGGCCCGUGGUGAUGGCCGGGGGCGUCCUGGCCGGCCUGGGGAUGCUGCUCGCCUCCUUCGCCACCAGCCUCACCCACCUCUACCUCUCCAUCGGCCUCUUCUCGGGCUGGGGCUGGGCCCUGAUCUUCACCCCGUCGGUGGCCUGCGUGUCCCGAUACUUCCGCCGCCGGCGGUCCCUGGCGACAGGGCUGGCCCUGACGGGCGUGGGCCUCUCGUCUUUCGCCUUCUCCCCGCUGUUUCAGUGGCUGGUGGAGCACUAUGCCUGGCGCGGGGCCCUGCUGAUCCUGUCGGCCCUGUCCUUCCACGUGGUGGCCUGCGGGGCUUUGCUGCGGCCGCUGCGGCUGCCCGAGGACGACGAGGCCCAAACCGGCCCGCUGGCCCAGCUGACCGCCCUGCUCCGCCACGGGCCCUUCCUCCGCUACGCGGCCGCGCUCACCCUCGUCAACGCCGGCUACUUCAUCCCUUACGUCCACCUGGUGGCCCACGCGCAGGACGUGGGCUGGGAGCCCUACCGGGCCGCCCUGCUGGUGUCGGCGGCUGCCGGGACCGACCUGCUGGGCCGGGUGGUGUCCGGCUACCUGGGCGACCUGGCCCGCUGCCGGCCCUCCCGCCUGCUGGCGCUCUGGACCGCGCUGACCGGCCUCUCCCUGGCCCUGCUGCCCCUGCCCCGCACGGAUCGGGGGGCCCCGCUGGUGAUCCUGGCCGGGGCCUACGGCUUCUUCUCGGGGGCCCUGACCCCCGUGGCCUUCUCGGCGCUGCCCGAGCUGGUCGGGGUCGGGCGGGCCUUCAGUUCGCUGGGGCUGUUGCAGAUGAUGGAGAGCGUCGGGGGGCUGCUGGGGGCCCCGCUCUCUGGCUUUCUCCGUGACCAGACAGGAAACUUCACAGCUUCGUUCAUGGUGGCCGGAGGCUUCCUCCUUGCCGGCAGCGCCAUCCUCCUCACCCUGCCUGACUUCUUCUCCUGCUCGGCUCCCCGGGAUGCCCCCACCGUGAACGGGGACCCCACGGUGGCCACCACGGACGGCGCUCAGGCCUCUCUGCCAUUGGGCUGCUCUGGGGAGGAGGGGCGGCCCAGGGGAGAGCAGGGCGAGGGUUCGGACACCUGGCUUUAUCCCCAGGGUCUGAGUUGGGUGUCUCCCCCGCUCGACCUUCCCCGAUCCUGAGACUACUUCUGGGGUGCCUGCCCUCAGUGGGGAGGGGCUGAAGUGGACAGGCUCCAAGCACGAUGGUGCCAGUGGGCAAGGGAGGCCCCCCGGAACCCCAGCUUGUGUCCCUUCUCUUCACUGCCCUGACUUCCCUCAUGCCCACGAUCCAUGCCUUAAGUGAACGGGUGCAUCUGCCCUGUUCUGUUCUCUGCUGCAGGCUGGUACAGGGCAGGAAACAGAGGUCACAGGGUACAGGCCUUUGGAUUCCGCCCAGGUGAGGUGGGAUCUGAGGCCUCCCCAGGCGCCAGCGUGGACUGAG